AGCAGCGUAGCCGGAGCGGAACGGAGAUGACAGUGUCGGAACCUCGGGGGGCUUCAGGCGGGGCCGAAGCGGAACCCCGGGAGGAGGAGGAGGAGGAGUUCCGACGGGUAUUUCUAAUUAAAGCACAGUCAGAAUCAGAAGUUGAACUGGGUAGCAGUGUCACUUCGUCCAACAGAGGUGAGCUGCUGGAUUUUCUCCAGCCAGAUGAAGACGUAGUAGCAGCGUCAAGUUCAGGUGAGGGGUUUUAUGACUCACUUCAGGCCCUCAAAAGGAAAAACAGACAAUGUUUGUUAGAACUAGGUGUCAUGUACCAGAUAAAGCUGGAGAACAACCACAAACCACCCAAGGAAGACAAGGAACUUGAAGACUUUUUCCAGGACAAUGGAAGAUUGAUGUUGCCAACAAAUUUCUAUGAAGCUUUGAGAUCUGGUAACAUAAGAAGGUUCAGCUCUUUGACUGACCUCACCAUAGACCACUCAAACGAAGAGCAAAAUCAUUAUUCAUUUUCUCAGUCUUGUUCAAAACCAUGGGUCUCCUCUAUCACCAUCCCUCAGCCCUUCAAGAUGACACUUCGAGAAGCUUGCAAAAAGUCUCAGUUAAAAUCUCAGGCAUUGCUUGAAAUUGAGACAGACACAUAUAAAAGACAAAGCCAAGAAGAAGCUGAAUGCAAGAAACAGUUCAGGGCCCAACCUGUACCUGCUCACAUCUAUCUGCCACUCUACCAGGAAAUCAUGGAAAAGAAUGAAAUUCGUAGACAAGUAGAAACAGAGAAGAGAAAGGAGAUGCUCCUUUCAAUGCAAAAACCCUUCAGCUUUCAGGAAAAAGAAGAAAAGAGAAAGGAGGCCAUCAAACAUAAAGUUUUGGACAUGUUGACUCCAGCUAAAAAAUCAGUACCAAAAGUCAGGAAGAAGAUCCCUAAGUCAACCUAUGAACUAGUGUUUGGGGAUAAACUCAAAGAAAAUGAACUCUUAAGAAAAAUCCGUAUUCAGAUGAGAGCCAAAGAUUUAUUGGAAAGCUCGUGGGCUCCUAUUGAGCUUGGCGAUAAGCAAGGGGAGAAAGAACCCCGAAUUGCCUCCAAAACCAGGGAACAAAAACUGGGAUUUCUACAAAGCAACUUCAGCUUUAAACCAAGAAUAAACACAUCAGUGCCUGACUUUGAAAGACUUCACUGGGCAUUCCAAGAAGAAGCAAGAAGCAAACGAGAAGUCAAAGAAGCAACUCAGGAUAAACCAUUCCAAUUGAGAACAUCUAAUCUCCGUUGCAAACAUAGAGUUCCUAGCCAGGACAUGAUGGAUUUCCAGCAACCUUCCAAGGCACCAAUACAAAGAAGUCGGUCUUUGAUCGGUCUUUCAUCCCUCUCCUCCAAUACAAUUCCAGUAUAUAUCACGGAUGCAGUGAGAAAGAGGGAAUCUGCUAUUAAACUCCUCCAAGAAGGUAAAAAAUACAAGGAGAAUGAAGGAGUUCGUUGGGCAGAUCUGCAGAGAAAGAAAUGUCAAGCUAUGCAAAAGUCUCUGAAUUGCCGAGCAAAAGCUAUGGAUCCCCAUAAAAGCUUGGAAGAGACACACAAAGAAAAGCUGAAACAGAACUGGCAGAAAGACCACAAAAGAACAAAGGAGUAUAAAAAAGAACUAGAAGAGAUGAAGAUGCGAGUGAAAAACAGACCGUAUCUGUUUGAACAGGUCACAAAGCACGGUGCCCGUGAAGGGGCAGAGAGGCUCUUUCGAGACACCUUGCAGCAGUUUGGGCUGAAUGAAGAAUUCGUACAAAAGAAAGGGAGGGAAGCUGCAGACGUGGUAGGGAAGGAGGAGCAGUCUGAAUCACAAAGAAUUCCUAAGCCUCAGAGGAAUACUGGUGCUCAGAGGGACAUCGUGAAGGAACUAUCCCAAGAAGGGCUGAGAAGACUAGAAUUAAUGUAGGGAUGCGCUGAGAAGUCUCUAUGUGCCUAUAGCGCAUUUCCCCCCUUUAAUCAAAUGUAAUUUGUGCAGGUUUAAAGCAAUUUCUGCAGCAUAAGGAACUGAAGCUAACUUUUAUAUUUUAUUUACAUUAAAGUGUGUGAUCACGGUGUAUAGCUAUUUCAAAAGUGAAAUCUCAUAGGCCUGGCAUCAACCCAUUACUCAAACAGGAUUCUUUAGGUGAGUGAAUGUACAGCAGUAUUUGUACAUGCGCCCAUACUGUAGUGAUGCAAACACUGGCUGAUGAGGUCCUGCUUCCUGCACUCUUAAACGUUUAUACAUCUUUGUUUUGGAGAGGUUUAGAGUUAUUACUGUAGUAGACAUUCUAGCCAGGUUUCUCUCUGCUACAAAUGAAAGCAAGCAACAGUAAGGAUUUUUAGAUCAGCCGCCCCUCAGUAACCUCUUCUACUGUUUAAAGAAAAUGUGAUCAUUCUUUUCCCUUCCCCAGCCCUAUGCAUGGCAAAUAUUUGCAAACGUUGUACUGUUAGAAGUUUACUGAGAUUUGCAAUUCAGGAUGCCAUUCUGAUUCUAUGCCAACUUGCUUGGAAGACAUCUCAUUGCAUUCAGCGGACUUACUCUCAGAUAAGUAUGUGUAGGACAGCAGGUUUAAGUUACAAAUGUGCCUAUACUCUGGAAGAGAUUGUAUCAUUUCAGUUCACAAAGCAAUUUCUGGAGUAUGGAAUGUAUGACAAUUCAAACAUCACAUUAAAAGAGCAAGGACAUGUUAACUAACUGUUCCCCAGCUGACUGUGUGCUGAAGGCAUUCUAAAUCCUUUGCUAGAACAAGAAUUUAGUAACCAAUGAGAACCCACCUCCCUCCAUUUAU